GUACAGUUUUGGCACUCGGAUCGACACUCCACAGUCUGUGUUCAGUACUUCGUUCAUUCCAGUUGUUUGAUAUUAUUUUGUUGCUGUUGCAUCACUGACGACCUCGUUUUUGUGAAAUAAAUAUCCGUAUUCACUGCGAUUUCAUUUUGAUUUGUGUAUUGUGAAAAUGUUAUCAUCUCGAUACAAAGAACUUUUUUUCUUUUAUGUUUCUUAGCAGUAAAAUCAGGAUAUUACCCACAAAAAUGGAAUCAAUCAGAAAAUGGUUCUACAGGCCAAGGAGAGAUGACACAUCGCUUCUAGCUCAGUUUUUCUACGCGGACGAUGCACUGAACCUUGUCGCCGCCGAAUUGGACAGCUUUGAUGGCCGCAAAGAUCCUGAAAGAUGCACUCUCCUAGUCAAUCACUUGCGUCAAUGCCAGGACAAGGUGUUGACAAUAUGCAACAAAAUAAUGGACGAAUUGAUACCAGACGAAAGGGCCGACCGAGACUUUAGAGUGAAAUUUCCUGACGAUGUGAUGCAGGACAACCUGGCCGGCCAGCUAUGGUUUGGCGCUGAGUGCCUUGCAGCAGGCUCGAGCAUAAUGAACCGUGAGACGGAGAGCGGUGAGAUGCGUCCGCUGGCCAAGGCGCUGACCAAGUCGCUGGAGAAGGUGCGCCAACUGCUGCGCGAGGCAGCCCUGCGUGCGCAUGCGCCGCCCCCUCCCCUCCACGACUUGGCGCACGACCGCCUCGUCGAAUCGCUCAAGAUGUUCGACCGGCUGCUCGCUCAGUUCGAGCUCUGCUAUGUCAGCGCUAUGGUCCCCGUCAAGACCGUACAGGAAUACGAGCUUCAGCAGUGUGUCAUCGUCCUCUUCUCCGAAACACUCAACAGAGCAUUAGAGAAGCACCUUCUGAGCCAUGAGCAGGUGGACCAGUACGACCCAGCUCUGAUGUUUACCAUUCCACGUCUGGCUAUCGUCGCUGGUCUUCUAGUUUUCCCCGAAGGACCACUAUCUCUUGACGAUAAUCCUCAAAACAUGUCUGAAAUGUUUCGACCUUUUAGGACCCUCCUUGUGAAAAUACGAGAACUACUUUGGACUUUAUCGGAUAACGAAUUGUUGAAAUUGGAAAAGAUGCUGUGUUCUUGUGAGGAAGUGUCUCAGUCACCAAUAAGUGAAGUUGAUAUCAGCGAAGUAGAUGACAACUCGGAAGAGUGCGCGGCCGAAACGUCGGAGUGUGAAACAGUGCGCGAGAGUUUAGAUGAAAGGACGCUGCCAACGUUGAACAACGACGAGUGUGUGUUUGAAUGUGAUACUACGACGAAAGAUGAGACACUGGAGCCUGAACAGAGCACUUCGAAGGCGAAUGACGAGGACUCGAACAGUUUGAGCUCGCUGCUCGACUCUGGGCUGGGCAACACGCAGAGUGGGAGUGAGAGGGAUAGUUUGUCGGACAGGUCGCCCGACGCGCAGCCGCUGCCAGCCGCCGAAGACACCAAUCAAGCCACCGGCCAAGUGCUGCCAACCGAUGACUGUGAUAUUAUGAAGACCGAAGACAACCAAAGCACUAGUAGUGUAGAGCCGUGUGGAUUCAGUCUGAACGGGCAAUGGACUCUGCCGGUGAUUCCGUGCUCGUGUUCGCAAAGUGCUUCGAUCAACGAGGACGUGAGCAUGACGCACCGUGGCCUCAUGAACCGCGGCAUCCCACAGGAUGAUGGCUCCUACCUGAUAUGUGGCUCGAGUCCCGUCACGUGUGACUGCUGCCAGCGGGCGCGACCCCCUACUCCCUCCUCCAACCAACCAUCCAGCUCAGACGUCCACCCCGCGUUUGUUCAUCCCGUUGUCGACGCCGAGAAUCGCAGAAUCAUCCUGCCGAAUGGAGCGUCGAUCCUGUUUGAUCGCAGUCCGCGCUGCUGGAAACGGAAGGCCGCCGACAAGCGGGGGCAGGGGGGCCAGAGAGGGCGCAGGCACCCGCCAGGGGAGGCGUCUGUCGACCUGCAGGUGCGCUACGCUCACAACUGGAACGCCCUUCACCGUCAUCGCAACUCCACCACUGCCACCGCCCCCGCCCCCACCACUGCCACUGACAUUCCACAUGAUAACAUGGAAGUCUCACAUAGCCUGUCAUCUUCUUGUUCCAGUUGUACUUGUAGUGUUCCUUCAGGCAGCUAUUGCAUGAGCAGUGAUACUUCCUCGUUCGAUUCAGAGUACCAGGAUGAAGAAGAAGUGGCUUUAGCCGUUAGAGCUGCGGAGGCUGCUUCAAGCGAAGCGCGUUCAAAAUUCAGGUCCAGUGAGGAUCUCAUCCAUCGUUUGUUUGUUUGUAUUGCUGGAGUUGCCGAUCAGUUGCAAACCAAUUUUGCGGGCGAUCUACGCAAUAUUCUGAAAUCUGUCUUCCUCAUUAACUCUUCCGAUAAGACUGAUACCGAAGAAGAAGCUGAAGGAGGUGAUUGCUGUGAGAACGGAGAAGAGGCGCUGGUGUGGGGAGAGAGUGAGAGGGCGGAGGCGGCGGAUGAGCAGCAGCAGCAGCAGCCGGUGUCGCCCCCGCCUUGGGUGCCCGACAUCCUGGCCCCCACCUGCAUGUCAUGUACGGCAUCCUUCACUGUUGUGCGCAGGCGCCAUCACUGUCGCAACUGUGGAAAGGUGUUUUGCGCGAGAUGCAGCUCAAACUCAGUUCCUUUGCCUCGCUUCGGCCACCUGAAACCAGUGCGCGUCUGCAAUCGCUGCUUCGUGUUCCACGUCACUCCCUUCCUCAUCGAUCAGAUCACUUCGCUAUCCUGAACCUCAAACCAUGCAUAACAAAUCCAUUGCAGUCUUAUUUUUAUAUUCGAUUCGAUAAUAGCUUUUUAAUAUUUUUUAUAUAUUGACAGAAUUGAAUCUGCGCCUAUAUUAAUGCUCUAGUAAACUGUAACAUGUUGAUAGGGGCUUAAUUAUACAAGCACAUUAGCUCUAAUAAGAGAAAAAUGAACAAUUAUUUUUUAAGCAGUAUAAUAGCUGUUCAAUAAUUAAUUAUCACGGAAAAUAGUCCAGUAUUUGACAAGCGAAACGUUAUUUGACAAACGUUGAAUAGUUUUUAUUAGAACUAAUACAUUCUAAUUUUCUAAAGGAAUAUUAAUUUUUGAUUUUUUUUUAGUUUGAAAAAUGGCCUAGUGAACUAUAACAGAUCUAGAAUAUUAGUAACUCAGUUCAACUCAAUGUGAGUCAGUCAAUUCAUUAAUACAAUUUUUCGUCUUAUUUUGUUUAGAUCAACUUCAUUUACUUUCAAUCAUUUUUUCCAUAUUCACUUCUAUUUUUUUGAUGGAUGUAUGAGGUUUUUCUCGAUUUAUUGUUUAACCAUUGUAAAACAACACGACUUUACUGUGGCUGUGUGAAAUGCAAUUUUAUUCCUUACAAACGAACCAAUCUAGUAUACUUUUCACUGCAAAUAGAUGUGUAUAAUGUUAUGUUAGUUUAUGCUCUUCACAUGUUUCAAUAGUUGAUACGGUAUAAGCAAAUAAGAAACAAACACCAGUUUAAUUUUAGUUAUUUUUACUUGUCAUUCUAAUUAAAUAGUGGCGAUACUCUGUUAUAAAUUGGAUUUUUUGAUUAAACGUUUAAUAAUUGUU